GAAAAUGAUGUCUUCAAGAUUUAAUAAUAAAAAUAAAAAUAAAAACAAACUUAAAAAUAAAACUAUAUACAGCGAUAGGUUAAUCCCAAAUAGAAUAGGAAUAGAUUUGCAAGCUGCUUACUCGAUAAAUAACAUUGAUGAUAAUCUUCUAAUAUCUUCAAUAUCAAACACUUCAAUUAAUAACUCAUUUUUUAUACGAAACUCUGAAAAUGAUAUGGACCUAAGAAGAGAAGAAGAAGCCAAUAUAACCUUCUCAACCGUAUUAAAAGCUGAAUUAUUCGGUGAUAAUGUCCCUCAAGCAACUGCUCCAAUUAAAUCAACAAAAAAAUUCUUCAAAAAUCUUAAAAAGAGACCUUCUUCAACUGAAUUAUCCUCCUCUCUAAACAUUUUCAAUAAUUCAAAUAAUAACAUAUCGAAUAAUAAUAAUAUCAACAACAAUGAUAAUCUAUUACUAAACAAUCCUAUAAAUAACUCAGUUAUUAAUAACAAUUCUUUCAUAAAUAACUAUAAUAGCCUUAACAAUGAUAAUAACAACAUCAUAGUAGUGCAAAGAUCUCCUCCUCACUCCUCAAAUUUAAUCCACUCAAAUUCAUUUUCAAAUAAUUCAAUUAGAUCAAAUGGUAAUUUAUUCACUUAUCAAUCUUCUCCCUCAAAAUUCAACCAAAAAAAGAAUAAUCUUUCUGAAUUUUAUUCUUUAUCUCCAAUUAGAUCUGAUACUCAAAGGUUAUUAUUAUCUCCUCAAAAGAAACCACGAUCAAUCUCAAAGGUUCCUUAUAGAGUUUUAGAUGCACCUGAAUUAGCUGAUGAUUUUUAUCUCAAUUUAGUCGAUUGGGGUUCUCAAGAUAUUCUAGGUGUUGGUUUAGGUUCAUGUGUUUAUCUUUGGGACUCAUCAUCUGGUGCAGUUAAUAAAUUAUGUGAUUUAGGCGAUAACAAUAAAGUUACUAGUAUUAGCUGGAUCGGAGCUGGUUCUCAUUUAGCUGUUGGAUCUAAUAAUGGUUUGGUUGCAAUCUGGGAUGCUAAAAGUUGUAAAUGUACAAGAACAAUGACUGGCCAUACAUCAAGGGCUGCUGCAUUGGCUUGGAACGAACACAUUUUAACAUCUGGCUCAAGAGAUAGAACAAUCUUACAUAGAGACGUUAGAGUUCCUGAACACUAUAUUCAAAAAAUUGAAGCCCAUAAACAAGAAAUUUGUGGGCUAAAAUGGAAUAUCGAAGAAAAUAAAUUAGCAUCUGGAGGAAAUGAUAAUAGAUUAAUGGUUUGGGAUGGAAUCAAUAAUAGUGAAAAACCACUCUAUAAAAUAAGUGAACAUAGAGCAGCUGUAAAAGCUAUUUCUUGGUCACCACAUCAAAGAGGAAUAUUAGCAUCAGGAGGAGGAACUGCAGAUAGAAGAAUCAAAGUUUGGAAUACACUAAAUGGUAAUAAAGUUAGUGAUACUGAUACUGGAUCACAGGUUUGUAAUUUAAUGUGGUCAAAAAAUUCUAAUGAAAUUGUUAGUACUCAUGGAUAUGCAAAGCACCAAAUCGUUAUCUGGAAAUAUCCUACUAUGCAACAAAUUGCUUCAUUGACUGGACAUACGUAUAGAGUAUUAUAUUUGGCUAUGAGUUCAGAUGGACAAACAAUAGUUACAGGGGCAGGAGAUGAAACAUUACGAUUUUGGAAUGUCUUUGAUAAAAGCAAACAUGAAAAUGGACCAUCAUCUUUAUUACUGGAUGCACUUCUUCAAUUGAGAUAAUGUUUUUAUUUGAAGAAAAUAAAAUUAUAAACAAUAACUUUUAUAUUUUCAUUUUAAAUUUUUUUAUUGCUUAUUGGUUUCUUGUUUUCUUGUUUUUUUUAUUUUUUUAUGUUAUUAUUCUUUUAUUGUCACAGGUAUUUUUUAUUUUCUUCUUUAUUGUUCUUCAUGUUUUUUUAUCUCUAAUUACUGUUUUUUCACCUUAUUGUUUUACUCAUUUAGAUUAUGUUUGUUCCUGUUUUUUUUAUUUAAAUGUUUACACUUGUUUGAAGCUUUGGUUUGAAUUAUUAUGGGUUUAAUUUAUUUAUUUACUUGUUAAUUUAUUGAGUUCUAUUGAGUUUUCUGAUUUAUUAUUUAUAUAAUUGUUCAAAAUUAAAUUAAUAGAUAAUUUGCAUACUAUAAUGGGACUGUCGAGGCAUCAAUAAAACGUUCAUAAAUUGAAUCGGC